CCUUGAGGGCAACCAUUGGAGGGGUGACCAAGUCAAGUCAAGACUUUCCAUUUCUUCACCUCACACAAUCACCUCACGUGUCCCUCAAAACUGUCCAAAGAAUCCCAUCCACAAUAUUCCUCCCUCUACAAAACAACGCCACUUCCUUUCACAUUUCUAGCAGCAUAUGAUCCUUUUAUCCUGUCCUAUCCUAUGACAAAAUAAAAAACAUCUUCCCCUCCAAACUGCAAAUAACUACCUUUCUAUUUCCCCGCAUAUGGAAUCCAUCGCAUCCAGUUCAUCCCCUCCUCACGACCAGCAGCACCACCGUUUCGAGCCGACGCAACCUCUCGCCGAGCGCAUUUUCCGAGCCCUUCGCCACCGCCUCCGCCUCCUCCACAGGUUUGAUUCCUCCUUCUUUGUGUUAGGCGCCACAGGAAAUGUUUACACUGUCAACUUAUCCGCCACCCCAUCAUGCACCUGCCCUGAUCGCACCGCCCCUUGCAAGCACAUUCUCUUCGUGUUUAUACGCGUUCUAGGCGUCCCCCUCGAUGAUUCCUGCCUCUGGAGGAGGAGUCUGAGGCCGUGCCAGCUCAACCGCCUUCUCGCUUCGCCUACGUCGACGGAUGCCUUAGCCGGGGCUACCGUUCGAGAGAUGUUCCACCAGCUGUUUUUUCAGGCUGGGCCGAGUACUUCAGGCGGCCCUCGUGUUGACGUGGAAGAUGGCACGGCUUGCCCGAUAUGUCUCGAGGAAAUGGGGAAAGGAGAGAAAAUCGUAGCUUGUGGGACCUGUAGAAAUCCAAUUCAUGAAGAAUGUUUAAUGGCGUGGAAGAAAAGCAGCAGAAGAAGAUCAACCAGCUGUGUACUUUGUCGCGCUAGGUGGAGAAAUACGGCUGAUCAAGACAAGUACUUGAACUUAUCAGCUUAUAUUAGCGAGGAUGACAUGGUUGAAGAUGAAGGCCAUUGCAGCUAUCAACUCUUCAGGCCUCCAAGAAUCCUCUGUGGGGAUGAUAGAUAGGGCUGAAGGAGUGGAAAUUAGGGAAAGAAGACUAUAACUGUAUAUACAUGCUAAACAAAACAAGUUGGUUGUUUUGGAAAAGAAAAGAAAAGAAAAGAAAGAAAAGAAAAAGUUGGAAAAGAAAAGAAAGAAGAAAGAAAGAAAAGAAAAAGUUGGAAAAGAAAAGAAAGAAAAAGUUGAUUGUUUAAGAGUCAAUUUUGUUGGAAACGGAAUUAAUAUUCCAACCCUCGUGCUCUUCGAAUUAUGUUUUUCUUGCAAUCACAAAAUUAAAAGUUUUAGGGCCUUGUAUGUGUGUAUGUGUAUAUAUAUAUAUAUAUCACAUUGCUUAGGGCUUUCAAUAA